CCCGGGACAUCAAGAUUAUAAAACCAUUGGAAGAUGUUGAAGUGAACGAAAAAGAAAGCGCUUCUUUCCUUUGCGAGAUUUCGCACGACGACGUCCAAACGCAGUGGUUCAGUAACGAAAACAAAAUCCGGGCUGGAGAGAACAUCAAAUUACGUCAAGAAGGGAAAAGUCACACACUGGUUUACCGCAGUGUGGAGUUGCAGGAUUCCGCAGAAAUAAAAUUUGUGGCCGAAACUGCAGAAUCUCAAGCUCAACUUAAAGUCAAAGAACUACCGGUCAAGAUCAUUAAACCCCUACGGGUGAAGAUAGCCAUAGAAAGACACCGAGGUUUUAUGGAAUGCCAAGUUUCUCGUCCAAAUGCCAUCGUUAAGUGGUUCAAGGGAGACCAAGAACUCCAUCCCGGCCAGAAGUAUGAGAUGGUGAGCGAUGGGACCUACCGGAAACUUAUCAUCAAUGAGACCGAGUUUGAGGAUGAGGGGAUUUACACCUGCAAUGCCGUGGAUGAUAAGAGCAGUGCUCAGUUCUACGUAGAAG